AUGGACCCACCGCGGCGGCCCUCACCCUUGCACCUGCUGCUGUCCGUCGCCCUGGUCUGGGGUCUGAGCAGCACUUCAGGCCAGGCAUCCUCCGACUGCCCAGAGAUCGUGGGGCAGCUGGGGGCCAGCGUGGUGCUGCCCCUGAGCCAGGGAGGGACCCGCAGCAUCGGCAACGCCAGCGUCCACGUCCUGGUCAUGGCCACCAACUCCUCGGGCAGCAUGGAGCGCCGCAAGCUGGUGUCCGUGUACCUGCCCAAGGAGCCCUUCCAGCUCCCGCUGGGCCACCGUUACCGGCUGCGGCGGGACCCCUGGGGCCUGGAGAUCCCGCAAAGCCAGAGGGAGGACGAGCUCUGGUACUCGGUGAGCCUCGAGUGGAACGUCACGGUGGAGCAGUUCUGCCGGCACCUGCGGCUCUAUGAGCAGGUCUCCGCCCCGGAGAUCCGGGUGCUGAACCACACACAGGAUGACGGCAACGGGAAUUGCAGCGUGACGCUGGCCUGCCUGGCCGCCCAGGGGGACAACGUGACCUACAGCUGGAGCCUGGGCACCAGUGGGCCCCCGCUGGGGAUGGCCAGCGGCUCCCAGAUGCUGCACCUGGUGCUGGGCCCGCAAGAAACUGACCACGUCUACGUCUGCACAGCCAGCAACCCGGUCAGCAGGCAGACACGGACCUUCCUGCCCGGGCCCCUGUGCAGGCCGCCAGAGACGAGAUGGUGGAGUCUGUACAUGACGCUGCCUCUGCUUCUGUUCCUGGUCAUCAUCAUCAUGCUGGCGGCUCUGGUGGCCAGGAGAGCUGUGGCGGGCUGGCACCCAAAGGUGUACAAGGGGCCUUUUGGAGCCAAGAAAGAGAAAAACUCGCUGCACAGGACAGGGGCCAACCCGGAGCCCCAGGAGGACCCCUGUACCACCAUCUACGUGGCAGCUUCAGUGCCCGCCUCUGAGUCUGCCCAGCGACCCAUGCAGGCAGUGUGA